AUGUCCGCCGCCGCCUCAUCGGUCACCCUCGCGCGCGCCGUCGCCGCGCCGCGCGUCGCCGCGAAGCGCCACGCGCGCGUCGCCGGCGCCGUCGCGCCCGCGCGAUGCGCCGCGGCGGCGUCGUCGUCGUCGUCGUCGUCGAUCGACGACGCCAGCGCGGCAUCCUCCUCCUCCUCGUCCUCCUCUUCGCGCGCCGUGGACCGUCGCGCGGUCCUCCUCGGCGGCGCCGCGCUCGCGGCGACCGCCGCGAUCGCCCCCGACGCUCGCGCGGAGGGCGCCGAGACGAAACGGUACGUCGACGCGGAGGACAAGUACUCGUUCUCCGUCCCCGCGGACUGGGAGCAAGCGAUCGGCACCACCGACGACAACCCGCAGUCCAGCCGUCGAGUCACCGCGUACUUCCCCCCCGGCGACCCGGACAUCAACGUCAACGUCGUGUGCACCGCGCUCGGGGCGGACUACCCGAAGAUGGGCUCGUUCGGCUCCCCGGACGAGUUCGCGUUCGGCGUCGCCGCGGGGAUGACGCGGCCCAAGCCGAAGAGCGGACCGAAGCAGUUUUCGUACGUGCUCAACGCGAAGUCCAAGGGCGACAAGUACUUCAUAGAGUACACCGUGGAACGGCCGAGCGAGGACUUCUACCAGCAUCUCAUGAGCGUCGUCGGCGUCGGGUACAACGGGCGAGUGAGCCGUCUGAUCACCGCGACCGCGGUGUGCCCGGAGGAUAAGUUCGCGGAGAACAAGGCGAAGCUCGAGGCGAUUUUGGACACGAUCGAGUUGCCGCCGCCGCUGUACUCGUGA